AUGUUUAGUUUAGGCCAUCGCCACAUCGCCAAAUCGACAUCGACAUCAACAUCGACGACAUUUCAACCACCGCGACGAGAACAACCGGCAGGCUGCGAUAACCCGGCCAGCGUAAACUCGACUCCAUGGAAAGCCGCUGAGGCACGAACAAACAUGGCGAUGCCGUAUGUCAGACGCAAACCCAUCGUCUUUGUCCUCGCGUUAUUCGUCGCCUUCUUGAUCUUUAAGAACUAUUCCUUCCACCAGCCACCACCCGUCGUCAAGGAACCAGACGGACCGUUCUCCUGGGCUCAUGUACCCCAGAAAUAUGCAGUGCGCUCCAUGAUUCCAAUGCCUCAGGGCAAUCCCAGCAGCAUCCCGCUGAUUCAGCAUCGCUUUUCGGGCAAAGAAAGCGAGGAUGCGCGUCGGGUGCGGCUGACGCGACUGGAAGCCGUCAAGGGGAACUUUUCGCAUGCGUGGAAUGGCUAUAAAGCCCAUGCAUGGAUGGCAGAUGAAGUUGCGCCGCUGUCGGGGAAGGCUGUAAACCCGUUCGGCGGAUGGGCUGCCUCGCUCGUUGAUGGACUCGAUACUCUGUGGAUAAUGGGUCUGUACGACGAGUUUCAAGAAGCUAUCAAGGCCGUCGACAGCAUUGACUUUAACAACUGUUCUCUAGACGAGGUCAAUGUCUUCGAGACUAACAUCCGCUACCUGGGUGGCCUUCUGGGUGCCUACGAUGUAAGCGGGCAGAAGUAUCCUUCCCUUCUGCACAAAGCGGAAGAAAUAGGACAGAUGCUUUACGUGGCCUUUGACACCCCGAACCGAAUGCCAAUCGCUCACUGGGACUUCAAGAAAGCUGCUGGCGGUGCUAGACCAAAGGCAAGUGACCAGAUGCUCGUUGCUGAGAUUGGAUCACUCACGCUUGAAUUUACGCGUCUCACCCAGCUCACGGGCAAUCCACAGUAUUUUGACGCGGUUCAGAGGAUAAUGAAUGCCUUUGACAAGCAGCAGAGCAUGACGAGGAUUCCCGGUAUGUGGCCGUUUAUGAUUGAUGCCGAGGCAAUGAAUUUCCAUGAAUCCUCUAGGUUUACCAUUGGAGGCAUGGCCGAUUCUCUAUACGAGUAUCUUCCAAAGCAAUAUAUCCUGCUCGGCGGAGCUUCUGAGCAGUAUAAAAAGCUCUACAAAGGCGCCUUUGCCGCUAUGGAUCGCAAUAUCUUCUUUCGUCCCAUGACCAAACACGGCGAAGAUAUUCUAUUUCCAGGCGACGUCACAGCAAACAAGAAGAUACCGCUAUCUGAGCUCCACCCCGAGCCAACAGCCCAGCAUCUGAGUUGCUUUGCUGGUGGAAUGGUCGCCCUAGCAGCCAAGACUUUCGAGAGUAACGAGGAGAUGGAAACGGCUAGGAAACUAGUCGAGGGCUGUCUUUGGGGGUAUGAAAAGAGCAGUAUGGGCAUCAUGCCAGAAAUAAUGCGUACAGUUAGAUGUGCGGAUCGAAACAAUUGCCCUUGGGACGAAGAAGUGUGGCGAAAGGCAAUUGAGGACGCCUACUUCAGCGCCCAUUUGAGCGUCGACGACUAUAUCAAAGAACAGAAUUUGACUCCAGGUACCGUCAAGGUUCCUGAUAAGCGAUAUAUUCUCCGGCCCGAAGCUAUUGAAUCUAUAUUCAUCCUCUACCGUCUAACAGGCGACUCUUCCCUCCUAGAUCGAGCAUGGAAUAUGUUUACCACCAUAAUCCAGUAUACAGUCACUGACAUCGCCCAUGCAGCGCUUGAUGACUGUACGGCUCCGCAGCCCACCAAAUCCGACCGCAUGGAAUCAUUUUGGUUUGCUGAAACCCUCAAAUACUUCUACCUAAUCUUCUCGGAACCAGACGUCGUCAGCCUCGACGAGUACGUGCUUAAUACAGAGGCCCAUCCGUUUCGAUACCGCUCGUAA